UAUGGCUCAAAUCGAAAAGCUGGGAGUCCAAACACAGAUCAAAUCCUCUGGUGACAAGUUUUAUGAGAAUUUAAGGAGCAAAGCUUAUCUCAUACCCAAGAUCUGCCCUGAAAUUGUAAAGGACAUACAAGUUCUUCAAGGUGAUUGGGAAACUAUGGGCUCCGUCAGACUGUGGACUUACGUUGCUGGGAACUGCGAGAAACUCAAGGAAACGGUGGAGGCUGUAGAUGACAAAACUAGGAGCAUCACCUUCAAAAUGUUAGAAGGAGAGAUAGUAAAUUACUAUAAGACUUACAAGCCAACCCUUCAGGUCACAACAAUGGGUCAAGUCACCUUGGCAAAAUGGACUGUGGAAUAUGAGAAAAAUGACGAGCACAUCCCACCUCCUCAUAGGUACUUGGAGUUGUUGCAUAACUUAAACAAAGCUAUUGAUGCUUACCUUCCUACGAGCAAGGCAUAGAAUGAAAAUGACCUGCCUUUAAAAUAUUAAUCAAUAAAAGCUUCAAAGCUGCUUGGUGAGUC